AUGGAAGAACAAACACUCCCACGAUACAAUCAAAAGCACUACUACCCCGUCAACAUAGGUGAUACCUUCAAAGACCGAUACCGAAUCAUCGCAAAGCUGGGGUUUGGCGCGUACUCCACGGUCUGGCUUGCCAGAGAUGAGAAAUCGAAAGAAUACACUUCACUCAAGGUCUGCAUUCAGGACGACACAGAGACUUCACCCAUCCUCAAUGAAAUCAAAAUGCUCCGACGCCUAGCAGACGUUGCGAAGCAACCUCUAAAGCCCGGACACGAUGACCACGCUGGCCAGCUCUUCACGCGUUUCGCACGUGAUAUCUUCGAGAUCCAGGGACCAACGGGUCGGCAUCAUUGCAUCGCGAUGAAGCCUCAAGGAAACAGCGUCCGCACACUCCAAGAAAGAUCCGCCGAUGGAAAGUUGCCGAAACUUCUCGUACGAUCAAUAAUACACCGCUUAUGGUUUUCCAUAAACUGGCUGCAUGCGGGAUGUGGCGUCGUUCAUACUGAUAUCACUCCCAAGAACGUUCUGAUGGAGAGCAGGGACGACACUAUUUUCAAAGAUAUUGAGGACGAAGAGUCGCGAGAGCCAAGCGUACCGAUUGUGACUGAUCGUGGCCCCGUUUACCCUCAUCGACCUAGCAAGCUGGAGCUUUCUGGCAUUCCAAUCCUCAGCGACUUUGGGAGCAUGCGAUUAUUGGAGCCGAUGAGCACAGAUUGGUGGAUGCCCGAUCUAUACCGAGCUCCGGAGGUCCUCCUGAAGCUUCCAUGGGAGGGUCACGUCGAUUACUGGUCAAUGGGCGUAAUGACGCUGGAGCUUCUGGAGGCGAAAAAUCUUUUCGAUCCCAUCGACCGCGUGGAUCACCGAUACGUUCUUCCAAUAGCAUUAGCGCAGUACAUUGGGUAUCUCGGCCCUCCACCGCUAGAAAUGAUCAAACAGAGUCCCCUUUUCUCGGAAUACUUCGACGCUGAUGGCAAUUGGGCCUACGAUUACCCUAUUCCCAAGACAUCUUUAGAGGAAUUCGUCACGGUCAUACCCCCAGGCGAAGAAAAAGACCUAUUCCUCAAGUACAUCCGGAAGCAGUUGACGUGGGAUCCGGAAGCGAGAGUGGGAUCUGCGGACAUCAUUUUCGACGACUGGCUGAUGAGGCCCAACGAGAUCAUGGGACCUGCCUUUCCUUCUAUGGCAGAGUCCGACCCGAUCUCUUGA